AUGCCUCUCACGGCCCCAGAGCAGUCGAGGGUGACGAGGAAAUGCCAUAAAGCAUGCGAAAGAUGCCGGACCAUGAAGGUCAAGUGCUCCGGCACGAACCCAUGCACACGCUGUGCCAGGAGGAAACGCCGCUGCCAUUAUGCAGUCGAGGACUCCCGCGUCUCAGUGCCGGAAAGCUACCUGCGCGAGCUUGAACGCCGCAACUCGCCCGUGGUGUAUAACGGCGUGCCCCACCAGACCUUUGUGCCUGGCGAGGUACUUGACGUCGAAAACUACCCACCAAGACCGCAGGAUCAGCCGCGGUCGAAGUUCUCUCACAAUCCUUUGGUGGAGUACUCCUUCGCAAAGGCCCCCGAUGGGAGGUUCUGGUACAUGGGCCCUUCGUCAUCGUGGUCCUUCUGCCGCCGCGUUCUCGCACUGCUAGGAGAACAGGUCCCAGAAGCGAACCACCCUCCGGAUCCCUGGCACAUGGACGGUACUCUGUUCACUCUGAAAUGGCGGCCGUUACCUGUCGAUGAAACGCCGGAUCUGGCCGGAUUGCCGCCGAUGGAUCAUGGGCUGUAUCUGAUUCACACUGCGCAUUUCUACUUCGGACCUCUGUUCUAUAUCAUUGACGAGGUUGCCUUUAUCCGCAGUCUGCACGAGUUCUAUACAAACCCGGAGGAGCGGGUUGGCUCUAUGCGUCUGUGGUUUGCGCAGUAUUUGCUCAUCAUUGCUUUUGGGAAGGCUUUCCUUGCGCCGAAUCGGCCGCCGAAUGCCCCGCCAGAUGGCUAUCAGUAUGCUUCCCGGGCUAUGGCGCUGAUGCCGGAUAUGUCUGGCAUGGAUGCGAAUCCUUUACAGCGUAUCGAGACUCUUACUCUGGCGGCUAUUUAUCUUCAGUCGGUUGAUAUGAGGGUCUCGGCGUUUCAACAUAUAGGCCACGCCCUUCGCAUUUGCAUCAUCGAAGGCAUCCAUCGGCACGUACCCGAGCAGCUUGGCGAGGAGUUAUCUCGUCGCUGCAAGACUAUUUUCUGGAUCGUGUACAUGCUAGACAGGGAAUUCGCAGCCUUGAUUGGCGCGCCGAGCUCAAUCCGUGACGAGGACAUCACAGUGAAGCUCUUCGUCAAUGGCAGUGUAGAUGAGAAGACGCUUACUCUGCACGUCCGGCUUGCGCGUUUAAGCGCGCGCAUUCUGACAACUGUAUACGGCGUCGGCGCCGACUUCGACGGAACCCUAAUCAAAGACACGCAGUCUAUCUUCCGCAAUCUCGCAGAGCUCUCGCAGGAUCUCAAUGACCUUCUGCGAACACACUUCCACGGCUCACUCAGCCGUGCAUCUCGAGCAGCCACACGGCUGAUACUAGCCUACCACCACUGCGUCGUCCUCACAACCCGCCCCCUCGUAAUGUGCGCUCUCCACGCACACCUCGAAAACACGCAAACCGCGCCCCAAAACCAAUCGCGCACUCCACCCCACCACCAACCCCAACCCCUCGACAUCUCCCUCUCCCCAAUCAUAACCUCCCUCCUAACCUGCUGCGUCGAGUCCGCCCUAACCGUCCUGCAAACCCUGCGCACCCUCGCAGACGAAGACCGCAUCGAAGCCUUCCUGCCCUUCCAGAUCGAAGACGCCUUUGCCUCCGCGUUCCUGCUGUACAUCAUCCGCGUGAUUGCGCCGUCGCUCGUCCCGGACGACCACUGGGGAGGGAAUGCGGAUUUCGUCCUGGAGACGUUGGUCGUUAAGGGGAAUUUGACGGCGCCGUUGAGACGCGCCGAGCUGGAUCAUCUGAAGAGGGUUAUGGGGCCGUUUAUUACGGAGUUGGAGACUUCGUCGGGGUUGAUUGCGGAUGGUAAUGCUGGUGCGGGUGUGGAUUUGGCUGCGGGGGAUGUCUUGGGUGCGUCUGGGUCGAAUCUGGGUGCAGGAACAGGAACAGGAACAGGAACGGAGCAAGCGGCCGAGUUGGAUUGGGAUAUAUUUUCUGUCGAGGCGACGGUUGGGCUGGAACCGAGGGAGUUGCUGGAUUUGGCGGAGCAGUUGGAUGUUGAGGGGAUUAUGCAUUAUGCUGUUUCUUGA